CGCCUGCGCAUGGUUGAAAGCCUAUAUAAGGAAGCUUACGCGUACACAGCCGGUACUCAGAUUUGGAGAACUGCAUUGCGAGGACAUAGUGAUUUAGUUUGCGAAAUGAGCCUGACUGGAAACCAUCUCGUCACCCUUUUGCUCUACGUUGCAGUAAUCAACGAGAUACGGUUACCUUUGGUAACAUGUCAAGACGAAGACAGCACUCAAUGCAUGCCUAAAACAGCUUUCUUGGCCCUCUUACGUCAUCCGGAAGUGAGUUCGAGUUUGGCCGCCUACUCCAGAGCGGCAAGGGUGACUCAAGAUACGAAAAGUCGUAACGACAUGGCGCAUCUGAGGGCUUUGACCGAAGAGGGCGACGACACCGAGAUCUGUGUUCCUGGUCGUGUUUAUUUGCAAUUGUUGAAGGAUCCUGUCGUACGUGGUGACCUCAGCGCAAUCCUCAACGGAAGAACGCAGAAGGUGCCGGAUCUUCUGGGACGUUUGAUCGACGACACCGACGAGAUGGAUGCGAGGGAAUAUCCGUUUGAAUAUCAGAAAAGAAGCAUCGCGACGCUGGCCAAGAACGAUGAUUUGCCGAUUAACCUUCAUGAUCGAAUGGCAGAAAAUGAGGAUGACGAAGAAAAGAGGACAGUAAUUUCCAGCGAUCAUUCAAUUCUCCGCGACUACCUUCCACCCAACGGCCGAUCAGACGAGCAAGCCUUAAGGGAUUUCUCGAUGGAGAAGCGAAACGUCGGCACCCUGGCCCGCGAUUUCGCCUUACCACCCGGUAGACGCAACAUCGCUUCCCUGAUCCGUGAUUACGACCAGAGCAGAGAAAAUCGCGUGUCGUUCCCUGGGAAAAGGAACGUCGCGUCCCUGGCAAGAACGUACACCCUGCCACAAAACGCUGGAAAAAGGAAUGUGGGAUCCGUGGCAAGAGAGCAUGGACUGCCUUAUGGGAAACGAUACGUCGCCUCGUUGGCGAGAACGGGCGAUCUUCCUAUCCGUGGUCAAAGGAGCGUCUCCUCUUUGGCCAGAACGGGCGAUCUUCCUGUCCGCGAGCAAAGGAGCGUCUCAUCUUUGGCUAAGAAUUCCGCUUGGCCUGUGUCGUUGAAGAGAGGAAUCUUUCUGCCCGGGAGCGUGAUCCUCAGGGCGCUCUCCCGCCAAGGUAGAUCGUUCGACGCAGACACGAAUGCGAGAAACGAUCUGUUGGAUCUUCAGGCGCUUGGCAACUUGCGACAGAGUCAGGAGAACGAUUACGAAAGCGAGGAGAAGGUGAACGAUUCGUUGAAGGUCGACUCGAAUAUUAGGAGAUCCAAGAGGGAGAUUGCUUUCUCCGAUGAGUAUCCGCUUCCUGUGAUGCAGAACGCGAAUAUGUUCGAUUACGAAGAGAUGAUGGAGGCGCUUGGUGGACAGUAUCCUAAUGCUGAGAAGAGGUUCAUGGGAACAGGUUCUGCACCGGAGAUGCAGCCGGAGGUAGACCAGUUCGGCUACCCGGAAACGUUUCAAGCGAAUAAAAGGCACAUCGGGGCCCUGGCACGCCUUGGUUGGCUUCCAUCUUUGAGGACCGCCAGAUUUUCGCGGUCACCUCGGUAUUUGGUUGACAGGGAGAAUCCCGCAGAUGGGCCCUCGCCCAACUACUCCUCCAACUCGUCGACAAGGUCGUUAAGGCCUAAUCUCAAUCCAAGGACACGCUACAUUCAAGCCUUACACGGGGAUUGUCGACACGGCUUCAAAAGGUUUCUUCUAUUACCGGCUACGGAUAAUAAUUAUUUUCAUCAAAAACUUCCUAGCUCGUUGCGAUCCAAAUCGUUAUAAAUCGUUUUAUCCAGAACACGAUAAAUAUCGAUAAAAUAAUCAUUUUGUUAAUAACUUUUGCUCAUAUAUCUUUGAAAUUGAAUAGCAUUUAUAAUAUUUUG